UGUCCUCGGGACCAGACCGGCCAGCCGCGUUCACCCGAGAAACCGUUCCUCUUCCCCAGCUUCUUCCUCCCGGUCCCCGCCACCCCGGGGCUCGCGGGUCCGCAGCCCCGUACGUCGCCUCUUUCCCGGCUACGGGACCGGAAGAUGCUGAAGUCCGUGUGGAAUUUUCUAAAACGUCACAAGAAGAAAUGCCUGUUCCUGGGCACAGUCCUCGGAGGAGUAUAUAUCCUUGGGAAAUAUGGACAAAAGAAGAUCAGAGAAAUACAAGAGAGGGAGGCUGCUGAAUAUAUUGCCCAAGCAAGACGACAAUAUCAUUUUGAAAGUAACCAGAGAACUUGCAAUAUGACAGUGCUAUCUAUGCUUCCCACAUUGAGAGAUGCCUUAAUGCAGCAGUUAAAUUCUGAGAAUCUCACAGCUCUUCUAAAGAACAGGCCUACAAACAAAUUAGAAAUAUGGGAGGAUCUGAAGAUAAUAAGUUUCACAAGAAGUAUUGUUGCUGUAUAUAGUACUUGCAUGCUUGUUGUCCUUCUGCGGGUCCAAUUAAAUAUUAUUGGUGGAUACAUAUAUCUGGAUAAUGCAGCAGUUGGCAAAAAUGGCACUACACUUCUUGCUCCCCCUGAAGUCCAACAGCAAUAUUUGUCAAGUAUUCAGCACCUCCUAGGAGAUGGUCUGACCGAGUUGAUUACUGUUGUUAAACAAGCUGUACAGAAAAUUUUGGGAAGUGUUUCCCUUAAACAUUCUUUGUCCCUUUUGGAGCUGGAGCAGAAACUAAAAGAAAUCAGAAAAAUAACUGAACAGCAUACAUCUUCAUCAUGGACUGAUAAGACUGGAUCCAAAUCUCUACUAUGUCAAUAUAUGAUGCCAGAUGAAGAAACUCCAUUAGCAGUUCAGGCUUGUGGUCUCACAGAAGGAGAUAUUACUACUAUUAAACUACUUAAUGAAACAAGAGAUAUGUUGGAAAGUCCAGACUUUAGCACGGUCUUGAACACCUGCUUAAACAGAGGUUUCAGUCGACUUCUGGACAACAUGGCUGAGUUUUUUAGACCUACUGAACAAGAUCUGAAUCAUGGUGACUCCUUGAAUAGUCUCUCCAGCGUCAGCCUGCCAUUAGCUAAGAUAAUUCCAAUAAUAAAUGGACAGAUCCAUUCAGUUUGCAGUGAGACCCCUAGUCACUUUGUUCAGGACCUACUGAUGAUGGAACAAGUGAAAGACUUUGCUGCUAAUGUGUAUGAAGCUUUUAGUACCCCUCAGCAACUGGAGAAGUAAUUCUCUUCUUCAGGAGAAAGCCCAGUGAAGUCCACUUGAGUGGAAAACAUACACACACUGCAUACAGAUCAAGUAUUUAUGGUGCAAUGAUUUGUUACUGAAAUUCCCAUUAGAAUUGUUAAUCAGAAUAUUACUUCUUAAUAUAAUAGAAUUAUUUGGCCUGUUAAAAGUGUUCAUUUGAAAAAAGAAAUCAUCCAACUGCACCAGUUGUUGACCUUUCUGUGUGCUUACACACAGUGGAAAUAUCACAUUUGUAUCCUUUCACCAUUAAUAUCCUUUUUAAAUUGCUCUUAUUAAGAGUUGGGUACACCAUGGUUAUUAGUAUCAAAUCUACUCAACAACUAGUUUAGUUAUUUUUAUAACACGUGAAAUACUGUAUACUUUAAUGUUAAUACCAAGGAAUAUCUGUUCGGGAAAUAAAUGAUGGGCUUGGGGGAAUAGUGGAAUCUAGAAGUUUUGCUAUUUAACACACACACACCCAAAAAAAUUGUGCUGGCUAUAGUAACAGGAAUGGGUCAGACUUUUUUCCCAAGUUAGCAUUGAAAAAAGGUAACUACUCCUCAAAAAAGUGCACUGGUAGAGGACUUUUCUCCUUUAUAUGAAAAUCAGUGAAUUUUAGCUAUUUAUCAGAUAUACCUGACCAAAAUGUUAGGUAUUCUUUAUCAAGCCUUAGAAAAUUAUAUUGAAUUAGAGGUUAAAAUUGUAUUGAUGCUGUUUACCAACAGCUCUUGUUAUUACACAAUGGUUGUGAACUUGUUUGUAAAUAUUCUUAUUCAUUUACUUUGUAUUGAUUUUUGAACUCAUUGAAUGUCUGUAUUGCAAUAAAGUAUUUUAAUGUAAAAUGUGA